GUUGCCCCGUUCCUCUAAUCCUUGCCGCCCAGUUGUGUGCCAGACUUCGGACCUUGGGAGGAUCGAGUGCUCGCAUCGCGGAAGAAGUGUUCAAGGUGUCCCGGUCGAUGGGUAUAUGCUUAUAUGUAAUGGCCUGCGGCGAAGUCUUGAUCCUUUCGAGCCUGACAAGUAUCUACACUCGCCAAGUGCUUCCUUAAUAAGGCGAUCUUCGACUACAUGGUCGUGUCUUCUCUUGCCAAGGGUGCUAGAAAGGUCGUGUCUUCUCGCGCCACGGGUGCUAGACAGGAAGGAGCGCCACACCGACGGGCGCUGGUCCCGUCCAUGCCCGCAUUGAUACCAGUCUCCCAGCGCCGCACGCGGAAGCUGUCAGUGGUCAUUGACGACGCCGAGGACAACCCUCCGGAGAAACCUGUCUUAGCCGGUGACGACGAAGGAAAACACGAUGGUUUAGACAGGGGUGAAUGGCCCGACGUUACCGAAAGGGACGACAGUGAGGACAAGGCUGCAGAAACAGACAGCCGUGAGGACGAGAUUGACGAAACGGUCGACAGUAGUAAGGGCGAGACCGUCCCGUACUAUGCACCGGUCGCAAAGCGUAACAAGCACCGAGCACGGAAAUAUGAAGGUACAUCCGACGCGGGACAUGGCUCCUGAAGCGGAAGGAGCGUCGAGUUCCCAGUCUCGGACGACGACGCCAACGGCCAAAGGAGGGACGUACCUGUCUUGUGAUUUAUCGAGGUGGGCAUCGGUGACCGCUGUGGAAAGGUUCGCGCAUUUGUUUCUUCCGUUGUUCUCUUGCAUGUGAAAGCGUUCGGCAGCUACCAUUCCGACCAAGCAGCGCCACGAAGGGUCUCAUUCGAUGCCCCUACAUAGGUUCUUCUCAGGGAAGAAAGGUCUUGGUAGUUUCAGACGUCAGAUGAACCUAUGUUCUUACCAGGGAAACGUGUUGAUGAUGUCGUAUGGGCAGCAUCCUGCCAUCUCCGGCAUCAACGCAGGCGGUUUCAUGUGCCAAGACGAUGAGCCUCGACCAGAACAGUUGUAGCGCUGAACGAAAGGGUAGGCGCGGCGGUGGGUCCGCAGUGGCACCCAGUUUUGCGUUGAAAUAUUGUAUCGGUUUGCUUACAACACAACCCGUUUAUGCGCUAUCGACAUAGUCUACCUUGUACCGUGUUAGUUGCUGCACUUCAGCAAGGUAGGCUACUAUUGGAGGUGGUACGCAUUUGGAAGACAUUGGCUGCCUUGAAUGAGGAACAUAUUGGAUCCUCCUACUCAAAUUGUCAGAGGCGUUACCUGUUGUUGUGAUUUAGGGUCCGCAGGACGAUACAAUGUGUAGGACCACGGGGGUGUCGGGGUAUUUGUAUCCGUGAUGGGAGGUAUCGUUCUCGGAGAAGAUCUCGCAAAGGUCAAUGGGCACGCUAGACCGCGUUGAACAGAACUACUUACUGUAGAUGAACCGACACAGAGUUGACCAACUUCGGAGGCCGACAAGUUUCGUUUACGAAUCUCGUUCUGUCCGUGGAGGCCCGGCGCCGGGGCCAGGAACCGUUUGGACCCCAUGUUCCUCGGUCUGGGCAUCAAGCUCAUCGGGACAUCAGUUGCGAACCGCCUCAACGCAUGAAUGAUGUCACUCGCUCAGGAAUGUUGAGGCGUGGUAAACUCCUGCGAUAUAUGGCGGUGCAAGAGGGCAGUUCGAGAGACAAUCAGCAAGGAAGGGGGGCUUGGUUCCACCCGGUAUCAACCAAUCAAGAGGGCCUUGAGAGGCAACAACGCCCAGCAAAGACAUUAACACCCAGAUCGCGGCAUGGGAAGGCCCCCUGAGCAUGGCCAAGGCUUGGACAAUGAAACCUCCUCAGUAUUCUACUUCCCCGUCAGAGCUGCACACACACG